UUGACUGUACUUCAGUUUCUACACCUAUGGAGCUUGGUUUAAAGCUUGGUCGUGAGUCUGGGGAGCCUUUAUCGGAUGGGGGCAAGCACUACAGGAGUGUUGUUGGCAUUUUGAUAUACUUAACAUCGACUCACCCUGACAUCGCAUAUGGAGUCCAGAUCGCCAGCCAGUUUAUGUCGGCUCCUCGUACUGGUCACUUAGCUGCUUUCCAUCGCAUUCUCCGUUACUUGAAGGGGACUCGAGAGCUUGGUAUGUUUCUUCCCUCGUCUGGCUCGCUUGUUUUGCAGGCAUUCUCCGACUCUGACUAUGCAGGUUGUGUCGAUACUCGUCGUUCCACUACGGGUUGGUGCAUUCGCUUGGGAGAGUCUUUUGUCUCCUGGCGGUGUAAGAAACAAGACCGGGUUUCAAAAUCUUCCACCGAGACGGAAUAUCGUGCUAUGUCCGACGUUGCAUCGGAACUUGUGUGGCUUCGUCGCUUACUUGGGGAUUUAGGAGUGGAUUGUGCUCUUCCUCUCCAGCUACAUGUUGAUAAAACUAGUGCUAUUCAGAUUGCGGCUAACCCAGUACUUCAUAUUCGUACGAAGCACAUUGAGGUUCAUCUUCAUUACAUUCGAGACUUGGUUCGUGAUGGUAUUCAUCACAUCAGAGGACCAGAUUGCCAACCUUCUCACCAAGUUUUUCUUGGCUGAACGCCAUUUCUUUCUUUCUCGCAAAUUGAUGAUGAGAGAUCCUCAACAAUUUGGGGGAGACUGUUGAGUGUAAUUGGGCCUCAGCCCAUCCAUAUCUCGACAGUAUGGGUUUCCUAGGGCUAGCGGAGUUUAGUCUAGGGUUUUCACCCUAGUUUGUAUAUAUAUAUAUAUAUAUAUAUAUAUCGAUGUAAUGGAACCUAUAGAAGCUAAGCUGAAUAAGAGAUACAAAUAGUUUCGGUCGUGGACUAGUCUCGUUCAUCCUGAACGAGGAAACCAAAUAACUCUGUGUGUCACUUUUCAUUUCUGUUUCGAUAUUUCCGUUUCGAUUAACACUGUUGGUGUAGGCAUCGCGCUUUGAAAUCGAUCGAGUUGUUCAACGAAACAUCCAAACUUGGUGAUCCGAUCAACCUCCAUAUGUCGUAUUAGAGAUAGCUAUGACUAUCUUUUGAUGUACGCAUCUACUCUUGAAUUAGGUCGACCUGUGAAAGUGCUCGAUCGACCUUUGUGACAGACUUCAAAUUAUCACGAUUUGGAGUUUUAACAAAGUCACAAUAUGCUUACCCUCUUUUUUGAAACUGGAACCAAGAACAGAGAGAAAAAACAUGUAUGAAGUUGGGACAAAUCUCUUGAAGGUUUUGGAGAGAGGGGAAUAUAUUUGCUCAUAUUCAAGCUGAAGUUGGGACAAAUCUCUUGAAGGUUUUGGAGAGAGAGGGGAAUAUAUUUACUCAUAUUCA